AUGUAUGAUGAAAUAGGCAAAAAUGGAGUUUCUGUGGUGAAGAAGCUUGCACAGAGAAAAAGGAAAGGAAAAAAGAAAGAAGCAGAGGAACAAAAAAAGAUGAAGAAGUAUUUUACCAAAGUACCAAAAUCAACUUUGGUGUCUCAUAGUCAACCUAAUCAGGAUGCAGAUGCCAACCAUUCAAAAGUACCUCUACAUCCUUCUCAAGAAUUCGAAUUGAGUUCUUUAAAGUAUGAUCUGGGUGAAAGAACUCCAAUAUUGGACUAUCAUCCAAAUCAUCGUGAUGUUAUUAGAAGAGCAUACCUUCAGAAUGGUUCUUGUCAACCUCGGUUUCUACAACAUGAGUAUCCUCAAAUGAAUAUUUCUAGAUUAAUGCGUUGGUUUAAUUCUGAAUGGUUUGAUGAUGUAUAUCAUGAUUGGUUGGAGAAUAGUGUUAGUAAAGAUGCAGUCUAUUAUUUGUAUUGUCAUCUAUAUAAAGACCAUAACACUAAUCAAGCUCGAGGUGAAGUAUUUUCAACUAUUGGGUUUAAGAGUUGGCGUGUUAAAAAAGAAGAGUUGGAAAACAUAUUGUUGGAAGGCAAUUUGAUCAAUUUAAGCAUGCGUAUUGAGUUGGCUUCAGUUGAUGUAUUAAGACUUCUUAUAACUCAAGGAUUAGCGUUUCGAGGUCAUGAUGAAUCUAAAUCAUCACUUAGUAAGGAUAUUGUGAGUGCUUGUAAGAUAGAAACAAUUAAAGCUAUUCCUGAGGAAUUUAAUGGUGACUACUUUGCCUUACUAGUUCAUGAGUCUUUUGAUGUGUUACUUUUGGUUUCAAAUAUUUUGAAUGUUCUUAAAUCACUUGUUCUUGAUGCACGACUAUUAGAUGAAAGAGCCAAGGCAUUGGGAUAUCUUGAAGUUUGUCGAACAUAUGAGGUUGCAUUCAUAUUGCAUUUGAUGAGUGAUAUUUUAGGAAUCUCAAAUGAACUUAAUAAAUGCUUAAAAAAGAAGCAAUAUUUGGCAAAUACCAUGCUACUUGUUGAAGUAGAAAAAAGAAGGUUGCAAGCGUAUAGGGAUGAUGGAUGGAAUUCUCUUAUUGCUAAGGUAUCUUUGUUUUGA